AUGUUUAGAAACUCAUACGAUAACGAUGCUGUUACUUACUCGCCCACAGGCAGACUAUACCAAGUCGAGUACGCUCUGGAAGCAGUCAAGCAGGGUUCUGCCUCUGUCGGCCUCGUCUCCAAAACUCACGCUGUUUUAGUCGCCUUAAAGAGAAACACAGAGGAUUUGGGAUCAUACCAAAAGAAGCUAAUUGGCAUUGACACACAUAUGGGUGUGGCCCUCGCCGGCCUGGCCCCAGACGCCAGAAUUCUCUCCAACUUUCUCAGACAACGAGCCAUGUCUUCACGUCUUGUUUAUGGCCGACCAUUACCUGUCUCAAGAGCUGUUCACUCAAUUGCCGACAAAGCCCAAGGAAACACACAACAAUACGGCCGCAGACCCUACGGUGUUGGUCUUCUCAUCAUUGGCCACGACAAUAAGGGCCCCCAUCUGUACGAAUUUCUCCCCAGCGGCUCAGUCCUCGAGUACUUUGGUACCGCAAUUGGUGCCCGAUCCCAAGCCGCAAGAACAUAUCUGGAGCGCAACUUUCAAGAGUUCCCCGAUGCUACCCUUGAACAACUCAUUGUUCAUGGCCUCAAUGCUUUGAGAGACACUCUUGCCCAGGACAAGGAACUUACACCCAAGAACACAAGCAUUGCCUUUUUGGGCGCAGAUACCCCAUUCAAGAUUCUCGAUGAUGAUCUCGUAACCCCAUGGCUGGACCGUUUGGACUCCCUUUCUCGCACUUCAAACCCAUUGAACACCACCACUGAUGAGGCUCCAGAAGAAGAGCAGCAGCAACAAACAGCAGCUGAUGAUACCACUGAAAACACAAGCUCGACUGAUGCUUCUGCUGACCCUGAUGCAAUGGAUACAACAGAGUAA